GUUCGUAAGAGAUUCGCACGUUAGCAAUAUUAAGUGUGUGUUCUUCUCUAAGUCGUUGCCUAGUCUUGUGCCCGUAAAGACUCUGAAACAAGCUUUACAUUUUCUCACAAUGGGAUCUUCUAAGAAACAUAAAGAACGAGACAAAGACCACAAAAGGAAACGCCGGCACAGGUCAAGAUCUCGCUCCAAAGAAAGAAAACGACAUCGGGAGGAUCGUUAUGAGCAAGUGCAUGAGGAUAAUUAUGAAGAUGAAAGCCAUGAGAGGGAUAGGGAUAUAGAGACAUUUGACUAUAACCAUGGAUCUGCACCACCUGUCGAAAAAUCACAACCAGCAUUGUCAUCAUCUGGAGGUGGGGAAGCAUCUCUCAGCAUUGAGGAGACAAAUCGAAUCCGAGCGAAACUGGGACUGAAGCCUUUGGAUGUGAAUUCAGGACCAUCUCAAGAGGGAGAGAAAAAAAAUGAUGAAGAUAUACACAAGCCUGCUGUCAGUAUUACACAAGAAAAGCAAACACAAAAAAUACGUGAAAAGAUGGAACGGAUGAAAGAGAAAAGAAGGCUGAAUGAAAAACUAAGCAAUGUGAAGACAUUAGGAGAAAGUGAUUCAGAAGAUGACAUGGUAACUUGGGUGAGAAAAAACAGAAAGGCACAGAAAGAUAAAGAAAGGGCAGAGAAAACUGCAAAAAUGUUGGAAGAGAUGGACCAGGAGUUUGGUAUUGGUAGCUUAGUGGAUGAGGAAUUCCAUGUUAAACCUAAGAAUAAUUACACUUCCAAGGACCUGAAAGGUCUGAAGGUACAACACAACACAGAGAGGUUCAAAGAGGGGAAAACAGUCAUCCUCACUCUCGAGGACAAGGGAAUCUUGGAUGAAGACAAUGAUGAUACUCUCAUUAAUGUCAAUAUGAUUGAUGAAGAGUUCACAGAGAAAAACUUAGAGAAUAAAAAGAAGAAAUCAGAUUAUCAGCCAUAUGAUGAAGCUGAUAAGGAUGAGUAUGGAAUGUUCAAACCGGUGAAUGUUUUGGAAAAAUAUGAUGAAGAAAUUGAUGGUGCAAAGAAGGAAACAUUUACACUGGAGUCGGGAGGGAAGUACAACAUGGAACAAGAUAGACAGAUGGAGAAAAUUCGGGAACAGAUUCAACAACAGAGUCACAGCCUUGGAUUGGGAGUGUCAUUAAAUGUGGCUAAGGAAUACUUCACAGCAGAGGAAAUGGCAGCAAAAGCUACAUUUAAGAAACGGAAGAAGAAAGACAAGAAAAUCCGAAAGAAGACAGUUUUAAAGGCAGAUGACCUUGAACCACUGGCAGAUGAUUCUAAUGAUGUUGGUUCUAGAUCCCGUGGACGAGGUCGUCACGUAGAUCCAGAUAUGGAAAUAAAAACUGAACCAUCAUGGUACAACAAUUCUGAGCCAGGCAAUUCAGAAUCAGCUGUGCCAAGGGCACCAGUCGUAAUAGACUAUGGUCAUCAACAUGUGAUUCCAGGAUUGGAUGUUCCAGCUGUGAAACAGGAAACAGAGACUGCUUCAAUAACAGCAACAAUGCCUGAUGACGAUGACCUACAGGAACCAGAUGAUUUGUUUAGCGUACCUUUUGUUGAGGACGAAGCAGAAAAUGAAUUACAGAGUGCUUUAUCAAAGGCACGACGAAUCAAACUGACAAAGGACAAAUCCAAAAUACAAAAGGUGGCAGCCAAGAUUGCUCAAGAAAGAGUCAUGAAGACAGAGCAGGAGAUGGAGGAAGAAAAAGAAAGUAACAUUGUCCUCAACUCCACAUCUGAGUUCUGUCGGACUCUUGGUGACAUCCCUACAUAUGGUCAGUCUGGUAACCGUGAUGAGGAGAAAGAGGAACUCAUGGACUUUGAGCGAGAGUUGAUGGAAGACAGGAGGAGACAAGAGGAGGAAGAAGCUACUGGUUGGAACCGAGUGGAGAUUGAUGAAACACCUGUAGACAUUCAGGGUGAGGAGAAAGCUGUCCUAGAUGAUGAACCAGUGGUAAAUCAAGGCGUAGGGGCAGCGCUGGAGUUAGCAAUGAAGAAAGGUUAUCUACAAAAGGAAGUUGUCAAGCAAAACACAUCAUCCAAACGUGAGGAGCUGGAAGCCCAGAACUAUUCCAUAGAGGACAAGCGCUAUGAUGACAUUGAUGACAAAUACAGGAAGCGUGGUGAUAGGUAUGGAGGCAGUGGUAUGUUGACAGACUUUAAGGAAAAAGAUUUGUACAAACCAGAUGUCAAGUUAGAAUAUGUUGACAACGAUGGGCGUAAACUGAAUGCAAAGGAAGCAUUCCGACAGCUGUCUCACAGAUUCCAUGGCAAGGGCUCAGGCAAGAAGAAACAGGAAAAGAGGCAGAAGAAACUGGAGGAAGAGCAGUUGAUGAAGACUAUGAGCUCUACUGAUACACCCCUCGGCACACUAAACCUACUUAAGGAGAAACAGAAGUCGGAGAAGUCUUCUUAUGUAGUCCUCACUGGCAACAAGGGAUUCACAUCGAAUUCUAUCGUCAAAACCUAGCAGGAACGCAUUGACGCUGUUUUGUAGUGGAACAUUAUUGAAAGUGUGGAGGAGAUCAUUCAUCAUCAUUAUGGUUCUUCUACUUUCAACUGUGUAGCUAAGUGCUACAAAAUUACUGUACUUCCCUAUCAUUCAUCCAGUCAGACAAUACUAUAGGUUUGGAUUGUGCCAGUGAAAAUGGAAAAUAGUUCCAUUGUCCUUAGACUAAAACACUAAGGAAGAAAAUGUUGCUUUUGCUGUGUUGUUGAAAGUGUUAUAUUUCCAUCAAAACUUUAUGAAAGAACUAUCACAAACAAAUGACAUGGAGAAGAAAGAUUGGGCUUCUGAGUGGUGAAGGUGGGGACUGUCAACUUGUACAAGUAUAUUGGACUGUAGUGUGUUAGCUCUGUUGAAGAUGAAGUGCUUGACUCAGAAUGGUUUUGAAAACUGUUAACAAUAUCAGCACUCCCACAGAAAGUGAACGCAUUCUCUUAUCACAAGAAAGGAUUUUGUAGAAGUUUAUACAGUUAUUUCAAAUGAUUUGGAGCUAAAAAAAUUCAGGUUUUUGUCUCGCCAUGACAAAGGCGGGCAGUUGAGACUAGUGUUACUUCAUUGUUGAUGUCUGCAUCAAAGUUAAGUUUAUGUGAUGUUUAAGAGAUCGCCACUAGGUAUACCUCAGAUCACAAUAUGAGAGGUUUUACUUUAGGAGGAAACAACAGUACCCUAGAAAAUCCAUGUGGUUGGGCAGGUGACCCUUUACUUUUUCACAUCUGUUCCAGGAAUCAAACCUUGGAUUGUUAGGUGAAAGUAGAGUGUGCUACCACUGGGCCACCCAACCACCUUCAUUUUGCAUCAAUGUUAAGUGAAAUGUUUCAUCUUACCUACUAUUGGUCAGGUUACUGAAGUAUUAGGUCAGAUAACUUGUACCAAAGUUAAUAUUGGGUCUACUAUGCAGACAAGAAUUCACUAGAAUUAUAUCCUUGUCACAAAGGGCAAACACAUUCCUGACCCAUUACACAGAAUUUACAUCUGUGGUGAUGUUUAAUGUAAAACAUUAGAUUUACUUAUCUCAUUGUUAUAUUGUCGUGACUCAUGUACAUAUUAAAAUUCCAAUCAACUACACAGGUCAGGCAAGCUAACUGCAUAAUAUACAAGUUAACACAGAAUGCUAGUAUGUAUAUAGACAUCGUCACUGCCUGGUGAAUUUCAGUGUUAUAAUUAACUUUGGUGUCAGUGUUGAAACAAAGGGAGAUAAGACUAUUACAACUACUAGGAAUUACGGAAUCAUGUAGAUCUAGAUGAUUAAAGAUACAGGUUUGAUUCAUGUGUGCUGAAACGCCCAGAAUACCAUCAUAUCACCAUACCAAUACACUCUGUAUCAUUAUCAUUUCUAACAUGGUACCAAUAAAAUAAGUUCAAUGUCA